GUCAUCGUCUUGACUUACAUAAAGAAGAACGGACUGGACGAGGUGCUUAGGCUUCAUUAAAAAUUGACAUUCCUCUCAGCGUCUAAAAAAUGAUGGUGAAUCCUACUCUUCUAUGUUUAUUAAUUACUUUAAUAUUGGACGUUAUCAGCUAUGGAGCAGGAACACUUCGCGUACGACGUCUAAUUGGCGGAAUAGUUGCCGCUGAAUCCGAAUUUCCUUAUCAAGUAUCCUUAUGGUAUUAUAACGUGCACAUCUGCAGCGGUGUGCUUAUUAGUGACAGAUACAUCCUGAGCGCGGCGCAUUGCGUAUGCGAUUUGAUAGAUGAACCUUCCGAAGAACUCAGCGUACGCAUCGGAAGCGUUGAUUUAAAAAAGGGUGAAAUCCACACCGUCAAGAGUGUUAAAUGCCAUCCUGAUUAUGUAUAUGGUCUUGACAACUCUUGGAUAGCCGAUGUAGUCGUAAUUAUGCUUGCUAAGAAAGUUCACUUGGUGUUUUCUCAUGUUGAGCCACUUGCCUUGGCAACUUACAACACAACUAUUGGAGAACGCGCCGUUAUUAGCGGGUGGGGCCGAAUUCGUCGACACAGUUGGUUGUCGCAAAAUUUGCGAAAACUUUCGGUGUCAAUUAUUGAUAAUGAAGCGUGUCAGGAAUAUUAUAAAAACAUAACUAUCCUUAGCUCGCAAAUUUGCACAUUGGAGAGGAAAGGGAUCGGCGCGUGUAAGGGUGACAGUGGUAGUCCAUUAGUAUAUAACAACACAUUAAUAGGUAUAUUCUCAUGGACGAAACCAUGCGCAAUUGGUUUCCCUGAUGUUUUUACUAGAAUUAGUCACUUUACGGAUUUUAUUACGCAAGCGAUGCUAGACCUUGAUCAAUAUAAUCAAACAAUAGUAGAUCAGAAUAAUUAUGUAAAGUAGUAAAAUGUAAUUAUCUGAUUAUAUAUAACAAACAUUUUUGAGAAACA